GACAAAGACAAAAGCUUAAGCUUAAUUCCACUUCCCCAUAAACACAUUCCCCCAUUAUUUGGUCCUGUAAUGGUUAGUAUAAAUACUGUAAUUUAGUAUAUAUAAAAGUAGUGUAUGAUACACUUAAAGGUCUAACCUAUAUCAGAUACAGACGCCUCCACUACCCAAACCCACCGUCACUCAUAUUAUUGUCUAGAAGUCUCCAUUCCGCACACAAACACAUACCCAACUCUCUCUUUUUCCCUCUCUCUUCUUUCUCUCUCUUUUGCCAUCCUUUUGUUCUACUCUCUUAAAGUGCUGUUAAUUUCUCUUCUUUUGCUGCUCAAUCUUGCAUAAUCAUGGCUGUUCUAGUGUAUUUAGUGCUUUUCUUAGCACUUACUGGUUAUUCAAGUGCUACUUACUGUGUUUGUAAAGAUGGAUUGAGCGACGCAGCACUACAAAAGUCUCUAGAUUAUGCUUGCGGUGCUGGAGCUGACUGUACUCCGAUCCUUCAAAAUGGUGCUUGUUUCCAACCCAACACCGUAAAAGACCACUGCAGCUACGCUGUGAACAGCUAUUUCCAAAGGAAGGGUCAAGUAACUGGAAGCUGUGAUUUUGCAGGAACUGCUACUACUAGUGCCAGUCCCCCUUCAGGUGUUCCUUCUACUUGUGUUUAUCCUGCAUCUUCAAGCACUGCCGGCACAGGCACCACAACCCCAAGCACAGGCACCGGCACAGGCACAGGCACCGGCACAGGGACAGGCACAGGGACAGGGACAGGGACAGGCACAGGGACUGGGACAGGCACAGGCACAAGCACAGGGACUGGGACAGGCACAACAAGUGUGACUCCAUUUGGAGGGCUGGGUCCUACAGGAAGUGGCACUGGCUUGGACAAUCCUAAUGGGGUGGCAUCCAUUAAAGGCACUAAUAACUUGUUGGUUGCUGCUUCUUUGAGCCUCUGGUUUUCAGGCAUGUUUUUGUUGUGGGGAUGAAUUACAAGGUGAAAAGAAGAUUAGCAGCAAGUGGGGAUGGAUGUGUGGAUGAGAUUUUGCCAAUGCAGGGAUGGGUGGGAAUGUAAUUUUAUAUUGGGUCGGUAGGGGAUCAUCAUCCAGACGCAAAAAUACCCCACUAGUUCUUUCUUUUCCUUGUUUCUAUGCAUGCUCCUAUGUGAAAGAAAAAGGCUGGGGAAUUUGAUUCCCCAUUGAGUGGGUGAUAUGACUUGUGAUGGGUAGAACCUGAUGUCUUCUUUUCAGAUUUUUUCUUUCUUUUUUCCCCUUUUGUAUAUCUAGAGAGAGUAGUAGUAAUUUUUUUAAUCUAAUGGAGAAUUCGUACCCGUCAUAUACACGACUCCAAUGGUUGUGUGAUUU